CACCGUUGGUCAGUCUGUUCGGAUUCCUCCUUUCUAGCACCCUUUCAUGAUCCUGUUUCGACUUUGUAAGAAUUAUUCUCUCAAGGCGAGCAAGCACCGGUGGUCCACGCUGCGGUCUGUGUCAUGAAAAGUGGAAAAAAGUAAAUUCUGUCAGCUGUUUCUGCAGAACGAUCCCGGUUGCUUCGAGGGUUAGAGUAGGAGCGUUCUCGCACGAUCUAGAGAACAUGAGAGUGAGCCUUUAUAAGGACAUUCGAUGAGCUUCUACCUCACUCAGAGUUGUACACCCUGGAGUACGAUUCACAUAGACAUUGUGAAAUCCACGUGGUCAAUUCAAUUCCAGUUCGACGUGCAGUUCCAAAAUCAUCACCGUCAUGGGGACGAAUCCGAGACGAACCGAGGCUCCAGCUCUCAGAUUUAGCCAUGCUUCUCAUCUGAAGCUUGCCUGUCUUCUCGGGGUGUUGUACUCACUAUCAGUGAUUCAGGCUCAGGAUGUUCACUCCCGGUGCGGAAACUUGACUCCGUCACCUACUCUGACACCAUUCGUGCAGCCACUGCCUAUACCUGUGGAAAUCGACAUCUCCACAGGGUCUCAGCUGACUUUGGGUGCUUACAAGAUUUCCCAGAGCGUCCAUCCAGACCUUCCGAACACGACAUUCUACGGAUACGGGACGAGUCAAGACACAGCCACAUCUCCGGGCCCGACUCUGAACGCCAGGAGGAAUGUGGCCUCGUUCAUUCGGUUCGAGAAUCACAUCACCGACGCGGAGCACAUUCUGACCGUGGACAAGACGCUGCACAGAGCGACGCCAGCGAACGGAGGCGUGCCGAUGAGCGUGCACCUGCACGGCGCCGACGCCGAGGGCAAGUUCGACGGGCACCCGGAGGCCUGGUUCACGGCCCGACCUUCAUCGCCACGAACAACACGUACCCGAACGAGCAGCCGGCGAGCCUUCUCUGGUACCACGACCACACUCUGGGCUACACUCGGCUCAACGUGGUAUCCGGGCUGGCCGGGCUGUACUUCAUCCGCGGGGGAUCCGGCGAGCCCGGUUCUCUGCCCGAAGGACGGUACGAGAUCCCGCUGGUCAUCCAGGACAAGCAGUUCUACCCCAACGGGUCCAUCAACUUCCCGGACCUCGGGUCGCCGCUGUCGCCCGCGCACCCGCAGUGGUGCCCGGAUUAUUUCGGCGACACGAUUCUGGUGAACGGCAAAGCCUGGCCCUUCCUCGACGUGGUCGGGGCCGUGUACCGCUUCCGCAUUCUGAACGCGGCCAACGCUCGAGCCUUCACUCUCUCGUUCAGCGACAGCCGCCUCCAGUUCGUGCAGAUCGGCACGGACGGCGGCUACAUGUGGGCUCCCCAGCUGCUGCAGAAUCUGACCAUGGCUCCUGCUUACAGAGUCGACGUCCUCGUGGACUUCUCAAGCGUUCCCGUCGGGACGACGGUGUAUCUGAACAAUACUGCUCCGGCCCCGUUUCCUGAUGGGGACCCGAUCAAUAGUCCUCCCAGCACCAGGCACGUCAUGAAAUUCAAUGUCGUUCAAUCCAUACCCGGGUUGCCUGCGCAGAGUGUGGUCAUUCCUACUUCCAUCGGGUCCGCCCCCAGCACCGCCGCCUGGAUAGACUCGGCGGUGUACAGAAAUGUGACCUUGGAUGUGGUUCUGCCGCCGGACCUGACGUUUCUGCUGAAUAAGAAUCACUGGGAUGAUCCUGUCACCGAGACGCCGAAGCUUUACACGACCGAGAUUUGGGAUAUCAUUCACCUCAUUCCGGGCGGCAUUCAUCCGAUCCACAUUCAUCUCAUCAACUUCCUCGUGCUGCAUCAGCAGGCGUUCGAUCUGACUCGGUUUAACGGUGGCCUGUGUUCGCUCCUGCUGUCAUAUCCGGAGUCCCUCAGCUGCUACACUGAGGCCCCGCAGCCUCCGGACGCCACUCAAGUCGGCUGGAAGGACACCGUGGUCGUCUACCCGGGCACGAGACUCAGAAUUCUGAUGAAUUUCGCGCCCAGAGACUGGCCGCAAUUACACGUUCGAUCCCACCACGUUCCCCGGUUACGUAUGGCACUGUCACAACCUGGACCACGAGGACCAUGACAUGAUGAGGCCGCUCCGAAUUCUGCCUGCAGCAUCUUGAGUCCACCUUCCGCCUCCAGCAUCUAGAAAUCGGACCACUUUAGACGUCCAUUCUCUCGACAUCUGCACAUAGCUCACAACCAUGUUCUGCACCGUCGACAAGUUUGAUGGCCUCUAGCUUCAGCCGAAUCCGGAGGAAGAAUCGAAAUGGAUGAGAGCCAGGCGCCAAAAGCACGUAAGAACGCGCUACAUUUCACUUUCCUGAUCAUGCAAAUCGUCUUACCGGGCAAUAAUCGUGGACAAUCUAGUAAUCGUGUGCAGAGUUCGAGGUCAAGUCGAACGCCUGAAGAGUCAGUACUUCACAUGAAUCGUUGAAGAGGAUGGCUUGAGACUCGAAGGUUAUUGAGUUGAUCGAAGAGAAUGACAGUUUCAGGUGCACAACUGGGACAAGUGUGGAGGAGAGAAUGAAAAAAAUGAGUAAAGUGUACCAGCGGCUCAAACAGUAAUUGAACGGUAACGGUAAUUGAAGUUAAUUAUUAGAGAUAGAGUUGGUUCAAAUCGGUCUAUAUGCCUGAUUUGAACCAACUCUAAUUAGAGUUGGUUCAAAUCAGGCAUAUAGACCGCGGGAAUUUUAUUACUUGUAAAACGUGGGAAUAAUUUUAAAAUGG